AUGCUGCGGCUCUGCCUCCUCGCCGCGCACGCUCUGCAGCUGGCGGGGGCCGCCCUGCUCUCGCCCGGGUCGUGCGCCUUUGAGGACAGCGCCUGCGGAUACGAGUGGGACUUCGCGCAUCUGCCCUGGGCGCUGCACGGCGAAGGACAUUACAUUUCUGUGGACACAUCUUAUGAGGGUGAGAAAGCAGUGCUUUUCAGUCCUGACCUAUAUUCUGAAGAGUGGAGCUGCAUCAGACUGAUUUAUCAGAUAGCAACUACUUCAGGGACUUCAUCUGAUCAUGCCAGGCUCAACCUGUAUCUAAGGCAAGAAGGAGAGAGCUUUGAUCGUUUGAUGUGGUCAGCCAAGGAGCCUUCAGAUAGCUGGCUCAUAGCUAGUUUAGAUUUAACAAACAGCACAAAGAAGUACAAGAUUGUACUAGAAGGUGAAAUGGGACAAGAUAAAUCUGCCAGUAUAGCCAUCUUUGAAAUUAAAAUAACUCCUGGGUAUUGCAUUGAGUGUGACUUUGAAGAAAAUCAUCUUUGUGGCUUUGUGAACCGCUGGAACCCCAAUGUGAACUGGUUUGUUGGUGGAGGAAACAUUCGCAAUUCCCAGUCCAUCCUUCCCAAAGACCACACACUUAACAGUGAAUUGGGUCACUACAUGUAUGUGGACUCUGUUUACGUCAAACAUUUUCAGGAAGUGGCGCAGCUAAUCUCACCAAAGACCACAGCCUCAAUGGCAGGCUGCUUAUCUUUUUAUUAUCAACUUAAGCAGGAGAGCAGCAUUGUUUUUACCCUUUACUUGAGAGAUAUGAAUGGCUUUUAUGAAGAGAUCUGGAAAACAGAGAGUGCCUUGUCUGCAGGCUGGGAGUUAGCAGAGGUUGACUUUAGCGCACCGUACCCCAUGGAGGUAGUAUUUGAAGUUGCUUUCAAUAGUGCCAAGGGAGGUUAUGUUGCCCUUGAUGACAUUUCCUUCUCUCCGUCUUACUGCAGCAAUCAGACAGGAAUUUCCUUCAAUCCUGCAGAGGCAAGCUGCAAUUUUGAGGAAGAUCUGUGUAAUUUUUACCAGGAUCACAAGGAUGGCCCAGGAUGGAGCAGAGUGAAAGUGAAGCGCAAUGUGUACAGAGUAGGAGAUCACACUACUGGGUUUGGUUAUUACUUGCUGGCAAACACGAAGUUUACAUCACAGCCUGGGUACAUUGGACGUCUGUACGGCCCAACCCUGCCAGGAAACCUGCAGUUUUGCCUACGUUUUUAUUAUGCCUUGUAUGGUUUUUUCAAAAUGAGUGGCACCCUCACUGUUUAUAUUUUUGAGGAGAAUCAUGUGGUUCAAGAGAAAAUCUGGUCUGUGUUGGACUCUCCAAAGGGAGUUUGGACUCAAGCUGAAAUCUCCUUCAAAAAGCCUAUGCCUUGCAAGGUUGUCUUUGUGAGUUGGUGCAAAAGCUUCUGGGACUGUGGACUUGUGGCACUGGAUGAUAUAACUCUGAGCCUGGGAAGCUGCCAGUCUGCUGAUCUACUGCCACCCUCUCCUGGAAAGUGUACUUUUGAAAAAGAUGAGUGUAUGUUUACCCAGAAGAAGAGAGGUCGUGGAAGUUGGCACAGGAGAAGGGGCCCAACUCCCACCUCUUACACUGGACCAAAAGGAGACCACACUACCGGGGUAGGAUACUACAUGUACAUAGAGGCAUCCGACAUGGUCUAUGGACAGAGAGCAUACCUAAUUUCAAGAUCACUAAGAGGGGUCUCUGGAAAACAGUGCUUGACAUUUUUCUAUCACAUGUAUGGAGCUGGGACUGGAUUAUUAAGUGUUUAUCUAAAAAAAGAAGGUGAUGAUGAAGAGAUUCCUUUAUGGAGGAGGACAGGGGAACAAAGCAUCUCAUGGCUAAGGGCACUGAUAGAAUAUGAAAGUGAUAGAACCUACCAGAUUAUUUUUGAAGCAAUCCGUGGGGUGUCGAUAAGAAGUGACAUGGCUAUUGAUGAUAUUCUGUUCCAAGCAGGACCCUGUUUAGAAGUGGAAGAAAUUCAAUUCUCAUCAGGCUAUCCCGACAGCUUAAAUGAAAUUGAAUAUUAA